GACUUGUUAAACUACAUGAAUUGAAUUCGGCUGAUAAUAUAUUUUUUUGGAAAUUUCCUUGGCUACAAACACUUUUUAAUAAGAUUUUGCUGUAAAACUAAACUGGUUGAACUCGGAUCUCAGAUCUUUCGGCGUGUUGCUCUUUAAAGGAUAGAUUUGAUUGUGGUUUAGUUGCUACUCUGGUCGAUUUAUUGGAAACUUAUUCCAAGAACCCUUCUCUCCCAAUUUCAGGAUCCAACUGGACCUUUUAAAUUUAACGUUCCUCUAAUCUCGAACGGCCAGCGAAUAAAACUUUCGGACCCAUUGAGUUGAUAUUAAACAUUUGGCUUUAACUGGAGUAUCGAAGCAUAAAACCCCAAAUAUUUUGAACAGUUAUUACUAAACAGUUAUUACUAAACCUUUACUAAUACUGAUUCCCACUUUUGUUUCAGAGAGAGAGAGUUCUCAUUACAAGUAAAUCGUCUGCAACAUUGCAAAAUAACAUUCGGUGCAAUUUUGUUGUUUCUAAAUACCUACCUGGGCACCCGUGAAAGAAAUUGAAGUAAAUCGUAAAAUAUUCCAGUCAAAAUUGUACCGGAACUUGGGCUAUAUUAUUAUAUUCCUUCUUUUGUGAAAACGAAGACAAGAAAUCGCUUUACCGGAGCAGACCUAUUGCUGAAAUCAAGAACGGCUCAGUUUCAAACAGCCGAACAUCUUCCAGUUGCAACUUAGCCGAAGAAGCCGAGACUGAGGAACCCCUUUCGGGCCAGGUGCUUCGGAAAAUGGCCGAGCGGAACUUGGAAGGGAUGAUUAACAAUAACAAGCUGACGGACAGUGGGAACUACUCGUUAGGGGGAAGCAGCGAGAUCCUCUCCUUCGAGGAUUCGCCCCCACCCAACUCCAACGAGGCUAACUUCAAAGCAAAAAUGCAGGAGCUGGCGGCAUUCCGAACCAGUCUGCAGGACCAGCAGAACUACAAGAAGGCGAGGAAGGUGCGCUUCUACAGGAACGGAGACAAGUCAUUCCCCGGACUACUGGUGGCCAUCUCACCGGACAAAUACAAAAAUAUGGCGGCCCUAAUGAAGGAACUGACUCGAGUGUUGAGUACUUCUAUGACCCUUAUGGACGGCGUGCGGGCCAUAUAUGACCUGGAGGGAAACCCAAUCAGAGAGAUGGACAUGUUACUCGAAGGAGAGAGCUACGUUGCAGCUUCAAAGGAACACUUCCAGUUUCUGGAGUACGAGGCGGUUGCCACAGCCAGCUGGAACAACCCGACUCCAAAAUCAAAAGCGAACGCCGAAGAGCAGUCGAACCUGUCAAGUUUCCUCAACGAGAAAUGCAACAUCGAAGACAAUCGCGACUUCAUCCGGCCGAGGACCAUUACUCUCGUUCAAAAUGGAAACCCGAGGAGCAUUUCACGACUGCUGUUGAACAAGAAGACUGCGUUCUCGUUCGAGCAAGUCGUGAGGGAUAUUAACGACACGGUCAAGUUGAAUGCAGGCGCGGUGAGGAAAGUAUACAACGUGUCUGGAAAACCGAUGAACAAACUGUCAGAUUUCUUCGAGCAUGACGAAAUCUUCAUUGCUUGUGGGCCGGAGAAACUCAAGAAACUUGCUGAUGAAGACCUCGCGUAUAUUAAUGAGCGAAUGACAGUUGGCUCAAAAAGCCCACUCAUGGCGAGACGAAAAUCGAUAGGAUCUAAAAGUCCUCUGUUGGGCCGCAAGAGUCCCCAGCCAGGAUUGGCAUCGCCAAAAUCAGUUCGACGAAACAUCGACCAAGGGAGCGACUUCAGCCCUUUGAAAGUGUUGGACAGCAAAGUACCGCAUGAGGAGUUUUGAUUUUGAAAGCGAUACAAGGCAGAAUGAUCAUUCAGCCUACUGCGCAGCGAGCCAAAUGUAUUUUUUAUAAUCAACCUGCGUUUGAAAAAAUUAUGAACUUUAACUGAAUGUAUUCAUCUCAAAUCCAAAUAGCAAGAAUAUUUAAUUUUUUGUUUA